GUCCCGAAUCAUUAGUGACAUUUUUCAUUUUAUUUUGGCAAUGGUAGAACAACACUCCAAGAAAUUCGUGAUUUUCUCCACAAUUUCCUCCUGGGAAAAGUGAAAAAUAAGUGAAAUCGAUAGAGUAUGAUCUUAUGCAGUGAUUUAGUGUGAAAUUUUGUAGUAGUCUGCGGUAAAACCAGGAAAAAAGGAAAGAGAAUUUUCUGGGUCAUUGACAGGAGUCUCCCGGACAGACCUGAAAGUUUUCAGGCUUUUCUUGGGAAUCCCAAGGGUCAGAAGGCAUAGAGACCCAAGGUUGCAGCAGUGUGGAUGUUGAUAGAGCUGUAGGGAAUGCAAAAACAGCCAUCUGAAGAUGUUUCCGAUUGAUAAAGGCAAGACGCCGGGAGUUGCCCGGGAGAAGAAUUAUCAGAGCACAACAUGGUCCCUCAAUCCCCAAGCCUACCAGAAUGUCUCGAAUGAUAUGGUGGAUUGGGCUGCUCUGGCACAGCAAUGGAUCCAGAUGAAGGAGACCUGUCCACCGGAAGAUGUUCCUCCAGCUCCUCCGCCGCCGCCACUGACCAGGAGCGAUUUUGAGGAGCAGGGAGAGGCUCCCAUGGAGGUCGUGGACAAGGAGGAGGAGACGGCUUUUGCACCUGCAUCUAGCAAUCAAUGGGCACCUGGAUGGAAUUCAUUCAGAGCUCAGAAUCAGUGGCGUCCUGGUUGGAACAAUUGGAUGAGUCCUGGCUUGGUAGCACCUCCUGGCCCUGGAAUCCUCCGUGGGAUUGUACCAGCUGACUUCAGGAGUCCACCGCCGGCAAUUGGACAGCAACUGAUGGCUCCGGCAGUUCACAGUGCCUCCGCCUGGCCCCGUGCACGCUUCCCGGCUGCCAUUGUGACACCGGUUGGGAAUGUGGUGGCCGGGAAGGUUGACAGUCAAGUAAGUACCAGUGCAUCAAAGUCAGAUGUGAAUUUUGUUCAAGCAGACACCACCACGACGAUUGAUGCGGCCAAACGAAAAAAUUUACCAGCAUGGAUUCGGGAGGGCCUGGAGAAGAUGGAGCGCGAGAAACAGCGUCAAGCGGAAAAGGAACGUGAAGAGCAGCAGCGUCGGGAAGAGUUAGAAAAGCGCCGACAAGUUGAGGAGGAAGCUCUCAAGGAGCUGGAAAGUAUGAAGAAGGAUGAGGAUGAUGAUGGUGCCAAGCUUCCUGAGAAAAGCAAGUUUGAAUCUGACUCGGAUUCCGAGGCUGAUGAGGUCUUUUCGGAGGGACACAGGAAACUGAAGGGAGAUUCAGCGAGAAGGAAGUCACCAGAAGCAAAGGCUGAAGUUAUCAAAAAGACUCUUGAAGAACUGAUGCUGGAUGUCAGGAGAACACUCACGGAAAUUCUCCUAGAGGUGACUAAUGAAGAGAUUCAGGAAAUAGCAACAGAAACAAUUGCAAGGGCUCAGAAGAAAAAACCCAAACCAAUCGUGGUGCAGAGCUCUAUCCUUACAACAAGCAAUAUUCCGGGAAAACUGGGUCUGUCGAUCUACGGAAAUAGUGACAGCGAGGGUGACAGUGAGACUGAAGAAGAGGAAAAUUCUCAGGCAUCCGGAAAGAAUGACGACAGCGACGAGAGGGAUUCUGCAGAUUCUGAUGCAGAACUUCAGGAAAGAAUCAAGCGGCAAGUGAAUGCCUUCAAGAAGACAUCCCGUGAGAUUGAGCAGCAAUUGGCCGAAGAGGAGGAACGGGAGGAACGGAAGAGGCAGGAAAAUGAGGAGAGAGAACGCCGAAAGGCAUCAAGUGAAGUGUUGUCGAAGAAUAAUGGGAGUGUUGAGAGGAAUAGAGAUGGUGAGACUGAACAACUUGAUAGAAAUAGUUCAAGAAGUGGUCGAAGCUCUCGCCCUAAGAAACAAUCGAGGUUCAGUGACCCGCGUGACACUGUCCGUGGCACCCAUUUGACCCAUGUGUCAAUCCUGGGAGCCUUUCGGGCAGAUUUGGUCACGAGUAUUGCGGGAAAUAUGGCGGAGUCUAGUGGCUCAAGAGCUAUAACAGUAACAGCUUCGGGUUCAAAGGGAUCAUCCUCCACUUCCAAGGGUUCUUCGUCCUCAAGAUCCCGGAGGAGGAGCAUGAGUUCAAGCGAUGAUGAUGAUGAAGUGUCUUCAACGUCCUCCAAUAACUCUAGCCGGAAGAGGAAGCAUCGUGGAAGAUCACGAUCAAGUGAUCGACACAGCAGACACUCACGAAGUAGACGCACAAGAUCGAGAUCUCGCGAGAGAAGAUCCUCCUCCUCCAGGCACAGUCGCCAUUGAGUGGCUGGACAGGAGGCACAAGCAGGUGGUAUUUUUGAGUCAUGAUCUUCCCCCCGCCCAUUUUAAAUUCUCCCCCAACGAUCGGAGUCACCUUUUUAGUCGCGAAAGAGAGAGUCUUCCGGUUGAGAAGGCGAUUUUUUGAGCUUUUUUUUUCUAGACAUUUUUCACAUCCAUUUUUAUCCAAAUCUCACAAUUAAUCUCCCACAGCUUCCCAAAAAUGUAGGUAAAAAUUGCAAAAGAAAAAAAAAUAUUUGAUAGAAAGUAACAAAUAAUGAAAAAAUAGCAUCUAUUCAUCAGCAUCUUUUCUCUCUUUCCAAAUAAAGAAUAUUGAGUAAUGUUUAAAA